AUCAGCUGAAACACGCAGCUGAAUUUACAACAUCUUACCUGCAUUUACUAGCUUAGAAUAACAUUAUUAUAGCAUGUCGUUCCUACAGAAAACGAUCCCAAUGUUGGGCGCCCUGGGGAGGCAGCAUCAGCACCUCAGAACGGUUGUAGGAGCUUUGCCCACAUCAUCGCGACAAUAUAGUUCCGAUCCAGCGAACGACUACGCCAACUUCCCCGGAGCAAAAGCCCCUUUCGUUAGCCAGCUGAAGCUAAACCUACCAGAAGACUAUGCCCCGAUCCCCAUUUACCGGGUGAUGGAUCGGGACGGAUUCAUUGCGGACGAGACCCAGGAUCCCCAACUGAGUCGCGAGGUGGUUGAGAAAAUGUUCCGGGACAUGCUGCUGCUGAACACCAUGGACAAGAUCCUUUACGAAUCGCAACGUCAGGGCAGGAUCUCAUUCUACAUGACCAAUUUUGGAGAGGAAGCUUCACAUAUUGGCAGUGCUGCAGCCUUGGAAAUGCGGGAUCUCAUCUAUGGACAGUACAGAGAAGCUGGCGUGUUGGUGUGGCGUGGUUUCCGAAUCGACCAGUUCAUCGAUCAAUGCUACGGAAACGUUGACGACCUGGGUCGUGGCAAGCAGAUGCCCGUCCACUAUGGAUCCCGGGAGCUUAACUUUGUCACCAUCUCUAGCCCGCUAUCCACCCAAAUGCCCCAGGCCGUAGGAGCUGCCUAUGCAAUGAAAAUGAAGAAGGGUAAUGAUGCAUGUGUGGUCUGCUACUUUGGCGAAGGAGCUGCGUCCGAAGGAGACGCUCAUGCAGCCUUUAACUUUGCCGCUACCUUGGGUUGUCCAGUGAUCCUCUUCUGCCGAAAUAAUGGCUUCGCUAUUUCCACACCAUCUCACGAGCAAUAUAAAGGCGAUGGUAUCGCUGGGCGAGGUCCUAUGGGUUAUGGAAUUGCCACCAUAAGAGUGGAUGGAACCGAUGUGUUUGCCGUUUACAAUGCCAUGAAGUUGGCCCGUGAAUAUGUAUUGAAGGAGAACAAGCCUGUGGUUUUCGAGGCUCUGGCUUACCGUGUGGGUCACCACUCUACCUCAGAUGACAGCACAGCCUACCGAACUAGUGAGGAGAUUGAAGUAUGGAACUCUACGGACAAUCCCAUUUCUAAGCUGAAGCGCUACAUGGUGCACAAAGGCUGGUUCGAUGAGGCAGAGGAAACUGCAUUCAUUAAGGACGUCCGUAAGAAGGUUUUAAAGCAGAUCGCCGUAUCCGAGAAGAAGCUGAAGCCCAACUGGAGGGAGAUGUUCGAAGGUGUCUACGCCGAGAUGCCGGAGCACCUAAUAGAACAGCAAAAGGAGCUGGAGAAGCAUCUUGAGGCGCACAAAGAGCAUUACCCAUUGAAGGACUUUAAGCAGUAAUUCCAUCGUGGCCAAAGGAAGCUAGUAACUCAGAAAUCAAACCGAGAGACUCGAUCGAAAGUGCAUUUAUUAUGAUUAAGCAAAAGUCAAGCAGUUCUGUGUGGGUCCAAC